AUGAUGAAGAUGAACCGUGUGACGUGUGUGUUGGCCGUUCUGCUGUGCAUCGCCUGCGGGUAUGCUAUGGCGGCGGCUGCUACUACUACUGCUGGACAGUCAGGGGCGGUGGUGGUUUCCGGUGCCGAGGUUAAGGGAGAUGCAGUUCAAGGGAGAGAUGACGCAGGGGGACAAGAGGAGGGAGGAGUGGCGGGCCCAACACAACCAGGAACAGAAGUAUCUCCUGAGGAAGAAGAAGAGGAGGAGGAAAGCGGUGAGCCAAGCCCAGGACCAGGUACUGGGGGUGAGAGUAACGGUGGCGCACAACCAGGGGUACCUCCUAGUGAUAAAGAUGAAAAUGAAGAGGAUGAUAAAGAGACGGGGGGAAAUGGCACAGAUGGUGGCGCACCAAAACCACCAUUGAGUGGCGAACAGGGACCUGAUGGUGAACUCCCAGAAGGCGGAGAUGUUCCAUCAGGUGGUGAACCUCCUAAAGAUGAACAAGAAACCCCAAAACCACCGGAGAAUGAAGAUGGAGGUAACACUGAGAAUCCUGGAGAUGAACAAAACCCC